AGCGCUGGGCCUGUAUCUGUGCGUGGUGACAGUCGGUCUUGGGAGACACAUGCUGCAGGUUCCUCAGGGUUCAAAGGAAGGAAGUGCUGCGUCCCCGGCUACAGUUUAGGGAUGUGUUUAGAGUGCAGUGCGCUCACGGGCUGCGGUUCGUUGCGUGAGCGUCUCUGCUAGCCUUUGCGUGUUCGCGUUUGUGGCUUUUUGUAAUUUAACUUAUCUGGAAAGGAGAUGACAGUAACUUAUAAGAGAUUGUAACAACAUGUACGUGCUGCUUGUCAGCGCUUGCUCGCUUUCCUCGCCUUCCAGCAUAACCCCUGACUUCGUUAGGAUUCAAAGGCUGUUAGGUCUGCUGCACGUUGAAUUUAAAGCCUAACAGCUCUUCCAAAAGCCAAGCUACUGUUUGGUCGUCUAUGGUCUUUAAGGGUUGUCCUUUAAAGUAUUGCCUUACAGUGAGGAUUGGCAAUCAAUGUGCUAACAUUAUUUCGUGAUUCAGUUGUCACCCUCUGCACAGAUUCCCUCUCUGCUCUGCCCAGGGCUCUGGGUAAUCUGACGUUAAAUUAAAAACUUUUUAUUUUCCUAAAGGGUUUUUUUUUGUAUGUGUAUACAGAAUGCAGAAGACAUUGGACAGCUGCUUAGAACUUGCUUUUCUGCUGGCAAAGGUAAAAUCUUGAUUGUUACUCCUCAUAAAAUAUUUCUUUGGAUCUAAUAUUCCAACAUAGUGAGCUAGGGAGCUGUGGUAAAGGUAUGAGGCAGGGUAAGAUUUGUUUGUUUAACUGAACAAUGAAGUUGCUCUAAACAACUUUACCUGAUCUCAUCCUCUUCACUGAAUACUCCUCCCAUAGCCCAAAUUCAGACUAAUUUUAAGUUCCUUGGUUGGCAAGGAAAGUACUUCUGCUUCCUCUCCUGCUUCCAUGCCCAGCUGUCGCUCUGUAAGAAUGAAUUCACCCUGUCAGGCUUCUCCUGCCAGCUUUGAUGCUUCCCUUUCCGUUCUGCCAAACCAAGCACAGUUCUAACAAAACUUUCCGAGCAAGAAAAUAGAAAGGCAGAGCUUUCUUAACGCAGUGUCCGUAACCAGUUUGUGUCCAUUCAGUCAGGGUAGCUUGGAUGCUGGUAGCUGCGCUAACUUCCUGCUGUUGAGUAAUGGCAUUCAUCGGCUCUAUGUCUUAGCUUUGAGAACCCGGGAAAACAGAUACUUGGGUGAAUUUUCAGAAUUUGUGUUAAAGGCACUGUAUCCAAAUAGACAUAAAGAGCAAUUUGGCCAGAAGAUUAUUGCUUCGCAGGUACUGGUGCACACCAGCAAAUGUGCUCCCUGCAAGGACGUUCCCAACACAGCAAAGUACAGGAGACGUUAAUAUUGUCAUUCUGUGGCUAAAGACAGUGCCAUCUCCCCUGUCUGUAAGGUAAUAAAAGAAGGAUUCUGUGUGGAGGCAGGAAUCCUCUGCCCUUGCAUCUGUGUUCUUGUCAUCCCAAAGAGUGUCUGCGGGGUGCUCAUUAGUCAAUGCUCCUCGACUUACUUCAAAGCUUUUUCUCAGAACUUCAGGUAAGCUGGACUUUAAGUGAUUCUCCAAGAUGUUUGCAAAAGCAACAAAGAAUUUUGUGAGAGAAACUGACACUGGAGGUGACUUGAUCCCUGUCUCCCACUUGAAUGCCUCUGACAAGCUGCAGCUUCUGAGCUUAAUUACGAAGAGGAAGAAAUUGUGGUGCUGGCAGAAGCCCAAGUACCAUUUCUUGACAGUCACAUUGAGUGAUGUGCUUACUGAAGACAAACCUAUAAAACCAGUAAUUGUGGAGUCUGACUUUGUGAAAUAUUUGGGGAGAUUUGAAGAUUUUGUUCAAGGAAGUGUUGAUACUUCAUUUGGAAAGAUCAGCCUGGGAGCCAGAGGGAAGGGCUGUGUGGAAAGCAGGUCCUCCUUUGGAAACCUGAGGAAGCAGGAGAUUGAUUUGCAGCAGCUUAUGAAAGACAUCAAGGGAAGAACAAUAAAUCUAAACAAUAGUUUACUGCAACAAGUAAUGGAAAGAAAACAUGAAGUGCUCUGCAUCUUGAGAGAAAAGAUAGUAACAACCCAAAAAUGUAUGAUAUCUGAACAUAUCCAGACAGAAGAGAAAAUCGGUGGCAUCCUGGGAUGCAGUACAAAGGUAGUAAAGGUUUCAGUGAGUGAAAAUGGAAGUAUGAUGAAGGAUUCUAGCGUGAUCCUUGAGAUUCCUCCGGCCACCGCUAUUGCCUAUGGUGUAAUUGAACUGUAUAUAAAGCACAGUGGCGAAUUUGAAUGCUGUCUGCUAGAUGAGCAGCAAGGAGGUUUUGAAAGAGAAAGCGCAGAAGGCUCAACUUAUCCCCAUUCUGCACUAUUCGGAGAUGCUUCUCUUCUGUAUCAGCCAGAUGCCGUUGAUAAUGAGACAUACUCUGGGGCUAAAAACAUUGUUCCCAGUGAUGCUUCCUUAAGUGUUUUGAAACAAGAUCUAUCAUGGUUGAAGACUCGGUUCCAGCCCCUUGUGAAACUGCCAGAAGACAAGCAAAGAGCUCUAUAUAAAACCUUGUAUGAACUCUUGCUCCGUGAAGAAAUGGUAACUGCCCUGGAAGACGUGUUAGAGGAUAUUUGCACGGGAGACAAGCUAGAUCUGAAGGAGCUAAAACCUGCACAGCAACAAGAACUAGGUGACUUCUUGCAGCUCUUAGGGUGCAGUUUACAGAAUGAGCUACUGUUGCAGAAAUAUCAGCCUCAGGAUAAGGAACUCUUCUCAGCUGCUCACCUUCUCAUCAGUGCAAUCUCUGAGCUGUCUGAUUACACUCUUGUCCUGCUGCGUGCCUGCUGUGAUCUACAGGUUGUCCCUGUGUUGUGUUGUUUGCCGAACAUUGCUUCAGCUGACGGCACCUUGGUAUUGAGCAGUCGUUUGGUGACUUCCCUCACUGACAGAGGAAGAUUUGAUGUUGUGCAAAGGCUGUUUGCCUCAUCAAACAUUAACCUGGAAAUAACAGAGUCUUCUGUAAAAGCUGUAACUACUAAAGAGCCUAGGUGCUUCCCACUCGUUCUUUAUGUUGCACUGCAUGGAUUUCAUGCUUUAGGUGGGAAUGUAGAGGAGCUUUGCUGAGAAUGCAGUUAUUGGUCUAGCCUGGUCUUUCUUCUGUAGCUCUGCAGUAUAGCAUUGAUGUAUAUGAGCUAGCUUUAGACACAUUCAGUUGAGUACUUUUGGUGGUCCAGCCAGGUGGUAUGGAGGUCAGCAUGGACUAGGUUUGCCUGAGGUGAGCACUCUGCAUUGCCAUCAGAACGUGUGCUACUGCUCUGUGAUUUCACUAAGGUAAUAUCUGCAGUGGAAAACACAGCAAUAAGUAACUGAGGAAUAAAAGAGAAGAAGAAAAGACAAGCCUGGAACAGAAAUGGAACAUAACCGUGCUGAUAGCUGUUUUAUCUGCAGGGCAGCAGAAGCUUGAUUGCUUGUGUUAAUAUGCGUGGGAGAAAACUGCAAAGUACAAACUGCUUUUUGUAAACAAGCAAAGUGUGGAAAUCCAGGGCUCGAUAUAUGCUUUGCUCAUUUAAGACCUGAUGUGCAAAAUGCCUUCACUCUGGGGAAAGUGGAAUGGCGGGCUCUCAGACAGGUACUUGAUUAGGUUUUCAUUUAUUGAGUAUCGUUUGGGUUUAUGGAUAUGAACUCUGCACUGCAGAAAAUAGUAAAUUCUUUUUCAAAAACUAAGACCACCUUAGGGAUGCUCUGUACAGCAUUUCUCUGUUUUCUAAUAACUUUUACACAGCAAGUUUCCGCUGUUUAAAUUGCAUUCUGAACUUCCCCUUUGAGAUAUGAUGAUUCCUUUUGGUAUGUGCAUAUGAAGUGUCCCUGUUGCACUCCCCAAAAGCAAUCAUUUUACCCACAUGACAUUUUCAGUGCAGCUAUUUUGCCUGUUUCUUUGACUAAUAGCAAAGUGUUAGUAAAGCAGUUUGUGCUUUGAACUGUUUUGCCUUUUUUUAAUCAUAAUUUUCUGUGAUCAUGUGAAUGGGAAGGAAAUGCAGUAAAUAUGGGCUUGGGAAGAUGUUGUUCCAGGUAAGUGGAAUAUCAGUGUUUUCAGAUAACACUGUGAGAUGGCUGACAGGCAAACAAGCAAGCACCUGUGGGAAGGGGUGAUCAGUAACCAGGCCCUGCAGCUUAAGCAGGAUGCAGGAAACCUGGGUUUGGUUUUCUGCUCCACUACCACAUGAUCUGGAGGAGAUUGCCUAAGAGGUCUUAAAAAGUCAUGUCAGGUAAGCUUCCCCUGAGAAAGGUGGACUUUGCAAAAAAGCACUGUCGUAUUUUUCCCUGCUUCCGGAGAGCAAGAUAGAUACCCUUGCAUAUCAAGGGGCUGGUGUUUCCAUGGCUCGUCUGUAAAGUGAGGCGGAUGGUAUUGCCCGAACCUUGCAGUGGGACAUGUGGAAAGGGCCUUUAGGUGGAUGGAAGUACAUAGUAUACUACUAGCAGGAGUCGUGUAUUUGUAAAUGGAAAAGCCUUCUUUUGCCAACCACUAUUCAUAAGUUGUCUCUGUAACGAAUUCAUCAGACAUCUGUAUUAAAUGUUAUGUCAAAACAGUAGAAUAA